GUGUUUGGGCUACCAUAUAGAGCAAGAAAGAUCUUUUUAAUCAGGAAACUAAUCCUGCAGUGUGAGUCACAACUGCAUAGAGCAGAUUCUUAAGCACUGAGAGAGAGAAUAGGACAGAAAUAUGGAGUUUAGACAAAAACGGUAAAUGUAUACGUAUGUAGAUACAUCCACUUACUUUUGUGCUUGAAGCAGUGGUGAUUUGUGCAUUUCCACCAAAGUGGUAAUGCUGAGAGCUUGACUGCAACUGCAGUUUCCUGCCAAGCACCAGGCUGUCUUUUCAGUAGGACAAAGGUCUUCAGCAAGUUUGGAAUGGUAUCUGCCCAUCUCCAGUGGCAACAGACGCAUGGGCAUGUAUCCAAGACUCAGAUCCUACCUCAAGAUCCAGGCACCGUAACACAGGUGUAGAUGGGUGUAUGGUGGGGCCCUUUGUAGUCAAUGGUGAUGUUUGGUGGAUCUAAGACUGAGAAUACUACAAAAAAAAAAAAAAACAAAACAAGUAUUUCUUUCUGUGUCAGAGGUUUAAGAUUAUUAAAAUCUACUUAUGGCUGAUGGAGUUAUUAUUUACUUUAGAAAGCUGCAGCUGAUGGCAAGUUUUUAUUGUCUACUUGUGAUUAAUCUUCACAUAAUUCAAUGGUAUACAGAAUUUCUCACUCAUGUAAAACAAUAAAAUGUUGUCUAAUGCUUUUCACUCCUUAUGUUUUCCUGUACAGUUGUAGAACCCUUGGCUGUGUAGUUAACACCUUAUUUACUGUAUGUUUUCGUGCAUUACAAGCAGGGUCAAUGUGUUUUGGAAUGAUAUGACACAGUGUUUCUGAUAAGUAUGGUAAUGAAGAGGCACCAGUUAGCUGUGGAUAAAUAGAUAAACCGUACAGUCACGUCAUAAAAACUGUUCACUCAGCAUUUGUAGAAACGACUGCAACCACUGACUUACAGGCAGGACCAUAAUUAGCAACAGUUGUUUGCGUUCUAAAACUGGAGCUUAAUAUUUUUCAAGGCACGGGGAGCUCAGAAGCAUGUCGGGGAAGCCCAGGCUCACCUAUAUCAAUGGAAGAGGGCGAAUGGAGUCCAUCCGAUGGCUGCUAGCUGCAGCUGGAGUGGAGUUUGAAGAAGUUUUUCUGCAAACAAGAGAGCAGUUAUUGAAGUUAGGCCAAGAUGGAUCCCUGCUGUUCCAUCAAUUGCCACUGGUUGAGAUCGACGGGAUGAAGUUGGUGCAGUGCAGAGCCAUCCUCAGCUACAUAGCAGGGAAAUACAAUCUCUAUGGGAAAGACCUGAAGGAGAGAGCCCUGAUUGACAUGUAUGUGGAAGGAAUAUCAGAUCUGAUGCAAUUGAUUUUGAUGUUUCCUUUCUCUCCACCUGAGGCAAAGGAGAAAAAGAUUGCCACAAUUGCAGAGAAGGCAACAGAGAGGUACUUCCCUGUCUUUGAAAAGGUUUUGAAACAGCAUGGCCAAGACUUUCUUGUGGGAAACCGAUUCAGCUGGGCAGAUGUUCAGCUCAUGGAAGCCAUUUUAGCAGUGGAGGAGAAAGUACCUUCUGUGCUUUCUGGGUUUCCUCAGCUGCAGGCUUUUAAAACCAAAAUGAGCAACAUGCCUACAAUUAAGAAGUUCCUGCAGCCUGGCAGCCCAAGGAAGCCCCCACCAGAUGAAAAUUAUGUAGCAACUGUGAUGAAAAUUUUUAAGCUAGACUGAGUGCAAUGUUAACUUCACUAAGUCCCAAAGUGCUGGGAAGAAAGACAUCAAAACCCAAACCCUUAAAGGAAGUAGGAAACUCAGUAAAGUUUUAUUGUACUUAAAAGCAAUGGUAGAAAUAAAUAGAAGAGUGAAAUAAAGCAUUCUGUUUACUCUG